UCGCUGACAGUCGGGAUCCGGUGACACCGCCACCGCCGCCGCCGCAGCCGCCGCUGCAGCACUUGUUGCUCAGGACUUGUUACCGUCGCCGUGUUUGCCCCGCGCUGCCCUCACCUGUGCCCUCCCGUGGGUCCAGGAGUGGAUGGUUUAAAACACAGUAGACACACGCCGGGAAGGGGACGGGGUGACGGCAUGACGGACACAGAGACGGCCAACGGGGACGACAGGGACCCUGAGAUCGAGCUCUUCGUGAAGGCAGGCAUCGACGGGGAAAGCAUCGGCAAUUGUCCCUUCUCCCAGCGCCUCUUCAUGAUCCUCUGGCUGAAAGGAGUCGUGUUCAAUGUCACCACUGUGGAUCUGAAAAGAAAGCCAGCCGACCUACACAACCUCGCCCCUGGCACCCACCCGCCCUUCCUGACCUUCAACGGGGAGGUGAAGACAGAUGUCAACAAGAUCGAGGAGUUCCUGGAGGAGACCUUGACCCCCGAAAGGUAUCCCAAACUGGCUGCAAAACACCGGGAGUCCAACACCGCGGGCAUUGACAUCUUCUCCAAGUUCUCCGCCUACAUCAAAAACACCAAGCAGCAGAACAAUGCAGCCCUCGAGCGGGGCCUGACCAAGGCUCUGAGGAAGCUGGAUGACUACCUGAGUGCUCCUCUGCCUGAGGAGAUCGACACCAACACACGCGGGGAUGAUGGCAAGGGCUCCCGGCGCAAGUUCCUCGAUGGGGAUGAGCUGACCCUGGCAGACUGCAACCUGCUGCCUAAGCUCCACGUGGUCAAAGUCGUGGCCAAGAAAUACCGCAACUAUGACUUCCCUGCUGAGAUGACAGGCCUGCGGCGGUACCUCAAGAAUGCCUACGCCCGGGACGAGUUCACCAACACCUGCGCAGCCGACAGCGAGAUCGAGCUGGCCUACGCUGAUGUCGCCAAGCGCCUCAGCCGGCCCUGAGCACAGGCACCCUCACCCUCCUGCUGCUGAGGAUGCUGCUUCCCCCAUGAGACUGGCUUCACCGACUUCAGAGACCCUACUUCCUCCCUGACGCUGGAACCUUACCAGCAGCCACUCUUGCUUGUUUCCUGGGACCGCAGCCUGUGAGCUAUAAGAGUCAACGCUCCCUCUGUCUGGACAUGCAGGAAGCCGGCAGGCAGGGAGGAGAGAAACAUAUGCCUCUGUACCUGCCUGCAGAGCCUAGGUCCAUGGAUUUGGGGUCGUUCUGGGAAGCCACCUAUGGGCGGUCUCAGUCCUUUCUGCCAGCGUCCUAAUAGCUCUCAGAUGCUUUAGGAAAUUCCAGCCCUGUCCCUCCAUGCUGAACCUGCAAGCCCAAGGCCCAGGCGCUCUAGUUAGGAUGAGUCUAUGUCUUGCUAGGGGAUGCAGAGGGACUGCGUGGCUCUGGCAUUGGGCAGACGUACUCGUUGCCAGUUGCUCACACCUGCAGACGCUCCAAGACCAGACUUCAAACUCCCUCCAGACAAACCCACAAUUCUCGACCUUAGCUGACCUUGGCUUUUGCCUGUCUAGGCACAGCCAGGAAGGAAGCUGGUGUGCAGGUCCAAACUGGGGUGGCUGGGAUGGGGAGGUGGGGAAGCACUGUUGGUGCCAAAAGGCCCCUGGGGUCUACAGCCAUGGGUUUGCGUGCUUGGGAGUGGUUGUGUGGUGAGAUUGCUCACCUGGCUGGACUGCGCAUCAGCAAGCAGCUUCGGGUCUGUGAGGAAGUGGUGGAGUGGAAGAGAAGAAGUGGAGGAGGUCUCCAUGAGGCUCUUUAUAAGGCUUGGUGUCCCAUGGUCAAUGUCACCGACUCUUCUCUCGCAAUCUAAGCCUUGAACUUCUUAAUGUCACUAACUACUGACUUCAUAGUGAACACCCUAGACUGGCCAAAAUGCCUUUCUGGUCUCUCUGAGCUGCCCCUGGCCCUGGAUCUGCUGGCUUUCCAACUGCUAGAUGAAAAAGAGCGGUGAUGCUCUUGCUCACUGUCCCCGCAAGGCCAUCUUCCUGCUGUCACCUCUUGGUGUGCACUGGACAUCUUCAGAGAGGAAAUGGAGAGACAUGGACUAAACUCCGGCUCCUCUCAGGGGAACCCUGUAGAGAAUAUUCCCCCAUGGCCAUCCAUCCAGCACCCUACCCCUCUAUACUACAGAAAAAGGCCAAGGAUCCCCGCCUCAGCCCACUGCUGUGGAGAACAGCAUGACCAGUUCCUUAAUACAGAAGCACCAAUGAAUCCUAACCCACACACUCACCCACCCACCACCCACCAAGGAAUCUCCAAAGAUGCAACCCAGGGCAGGAAGAAGGGAUCUCUUCCUGCCCACCCAUGAGGAAGAGGAUGCAGUCAGCAGGACAUCACAUGAGCCCACUUCUGCCCCCCACCAAAGGACCUUUCCGCACCUCUGUCUGAAAGGAGACAGGUAGAAGCUGCCCUGUGUGCUGAAAGGAGAAGCCCCAGUCUUGAGGAUAAGAGAUCAACAACUGUGAAGGGCUCCUAAGUAAGGUGAGCUCCAGGCAUCCUCAGAGCCUCCCCUGACCCACGCUGUGAUGAAGUGACUUCCAAGUGGGCUGGGCCCUCAAGACCAACCUCAUGCUUGACGUCCAUGAAGCCUAAAAACAAACCAAGUCAAUGCUGUCCCUGGGCGCUCCUCCUGGAGAUGGUUAGCUAACAUAAAUCACAAUACUAGGCCGGGCAAGGAGUAUUACAGAUCCAUUGUAACCCUUCUGAAGGCAGGCAGGAGUUUGGAGGAAAACCUCUUCUGGGAACUUGACUCAGAAAUACCUUUUCACUUCAGCUAUAGGCUACCGCGCAAUGCAACUAACCGACUACUCGUCAGAGUCACGAUGGCAUCUGGCCGCACUCAUCACAACAUAUGAAAUAACAAUAGUAUUAGUGAUAUUACCUUCUAAUUUUUUUUCAGUUGAGUUUUCGUCCAAAUCCUCUGGUCUGUCUAGGCACUGGCCUCAACCUCGUGCUGUGGCAUCCUCUGAACAGUAGCACGGCACAUCCAAGGGCCUCUCGGGAGUGUUGCUGGCUUUGCGCCCAGACUCUGUAGCUCCAGAUGCUGGGCAGAGAUGCUCUUGGUGGGUUGGUCCUCAGUGGACCCCAGUUCCUAAGAACACACAUUCAGUAGUGCAGAAAGGGGGCUAUUCGUGUUGAGAUCCUAUUUCACCUUGUGUUCUUCUCUGCUUUGAUUUUCACGCCACCAUAUUUUUGGGGCUGGUUAGGAAAGAUGGAGGAAGAAAACUAGAGCCACACUCAGCAUUCCAGAGGUGAGUUCAUCCUUGCUCAGGACUGCCUACCUCUGUGUGCGGCUGGGAGAAGUAUUGGAUUCAGUUUUCAUACCUCUGCAAGACAAGCUGCACAAAUAUCUUCCUGAUUGGGCCAGAGCACAGUUCCUUCAUCUCUUGACUAAGAAAGCCAAAUACCAGGCAAAUUUGGGAUCACAGACAGGAAUACAAAUACCUUUUCUGGCCACCUGGUAGCAGGCAAAUCAACAAAAAGGGGGACAGCGUGGCCAGCUUGCUUAGCCCCACAAUCCAAAGCAAGUUCAGCUUCCCAGGAAAUGCCAUUUCCUCAGGGCCUGAGAGGAGCUCAUCUUCAAAAUGAGGCACCAACACCAGAAGUGUCUUCUAGCACCUCUCAGAUGGAACAGCGGAGCCCUUCCCAGUACCUGUGCUACUCAAUGGUUGCUCCACAGUCGGAUAAUAGCAAGUGUCUUGGGAUGGUCACAAGAAGGAGCAGACAGACCCGGAUGGUCCAAGAGCUCCAGGAGUUAGUAAGCCUAAACACAGAACUAGGAAGGAGGCAGAAACAGAAAGGUCUCUCUGGUGAGAGCUCACCACCCCUGCGCCACCCCGUGUCUAGAAGCAGCAGGUAUGCAGUAGGUGCUUCUGUGCUCCCCUCUGCCCUCAGUGGCCAAGGGCCAGCUCAACACGAUGCUGGUGGUGUUCCUUGGGAGCUCAUGGUUAAAAAUAAGUUGAGUGAUUCUCAAGGGGUCAUUAUGUUCCUUAUGACAUUAAGAAGAAUAUCAAGAAAACAUUAGAGAAAAAAGUGGAGGUGGGAAUACACAGUUGAUUGCAAUGUCUGCAGAACACGAGUGAUGUUGUCACUGGCCAUCCAGCCCCUCUCCACGUAGGCCCAGGCCUUGUGUCUGCCGUUGUCUGACCUUCAGGUCACACAGGCUGCGCACCCUCAUGAAUACAACUCUUCUCCCUUCACCCCAUCCCUCUGCAGCCUGGCUCUGGAGACCAACUUCCAUAAUCAGACACAAUCCAAACUGCAUAUAAAUUAUUUAAUGUUCUUUAAAGAAAGAGGUCUGACUCCUUCUGCUAACCCAAAAUAAAAUAAAAUACUACCCCUAUGUAAGGUUGGGGCUGAUAUGUAUCUCUAUGAAGCCAAUCUAGUUUUCGGCAAAACACAGUUUUAAGGAUCCAGUAGUCUAAGGCAUUUUGUAUAUAGUUAGAGAUUUCACAGUAUUAACUAUGCAUAUAUUUAAAGUAUAAAAUACCCAGCUAAUGUUUGAAUUUGUCUUUUUUUUUCUCUAGCUAUUUAACUAUACCAUUUUUUUAAGCUGGGGCAUUAACUCAUUUAAUAGAAGAUGCCUAGGUUUUAUAAAAGAACCAGCAUUCAUUGAAUAAAGACACUCCAAACGAUGACUACUUGAUUUUCCUGAGACCUGUAACUGUGUUGAUAAAAAUAACAUGCCUCGCUUUCAAGCCUUCAUAAAUGUAAAACGGCUUUUCAUGAAGAUAGAGCUGAGCAAUUCCUCACGACUCUGGAGCAAUUACGCAUUUGUUUCUUGGUAUUGAUUAGAAUUGACUGAUUUCAAAUAAAAGUGGUUUAUUUUCAAAUAGGAUGAUCAUCAGUCUUCUUAUUUGAGGUGGAGAUUGCCUAUGCUGCUUCAAAUGACAUCUGAACUAUUUUUUCCAAAUAAAGUUUAUUAUUUUCCCACUA